AUGGUGUCUAAACCCCCGAAGAGCUCGCGAUCUAAUGGGAAAGCCAAUAAGACAGAAAAGGGCAUAAAUCAGUCUGGGUGCCGGCGAGGCCGGAGUCCUGGGGACAAGAAGUCCAGAAGGCGCAGCCGGCGCAAAGAAACCUACUCGAUGUACAUCUACAAGGUGCUCAAGCAGGUGCACCCAGACAUCGGCAUCUCCUCCAAGGCCAUGAGCAUCAUGAACUCGUUCGUGAACGAUCUGUUUGAGCGGCUGGCUGGCGAGGCCGCCCGGCUGGCCCAGUACUCGGGCCGAACCACACUGACGUCCCGGGAGGUCCAGACAGCCGUGCGUCUGCUGCUGCCUGGAGAGUUGGCCAAGCAUGCUGUGUCCGAGGGCACCAAGGCCGUGACCAAGUACACCAGCUCCAAGUGA